UCAUCUCAAGCAUCAAGGAGCUACUGCUGCUGCAUGCGGAGAGGAUAAAAUCUUGAAGUUGAUUGUCCUUCCGCUGUGCCGGGCUUAAGAUGUAAGUGGAUGGAAUGCUGGAGCUCAUUUCAAAUUGGGACGUGUAUCGAAGUGGUUUGACUGGCGCGAAAAAAAGUGGACCCGAGUGCUACAAAGUAUGGGUUCUCUCGUUUUGAAGUUAUUGCUUAUUUCGGUGGUGUUUUGUGAUCAUGGCGAAGCAAUGGCACAAUUCGCCCCACAAACGGAUUUAUCGCUAUGGAAAUCUAUUGGACCAGAAGCCCUGUUGGAACGGUUGGAUAAGCUGCUGGAUGUGUGCAUCGAAAAUUAUGAAGAUCUAACAACGGAUCUGCUGCUUGGCGUUGCAAUUGCCAAUGGUCAAAUGAAAUCCAUUCUAGCUGACGCCCGUUAUGAGAACCAAUCACUCGUUGAAACGCUGAAGAAGAAAUGCGACUAUGUGGAAAGCCGCAUCAACAGCAUUUUCUCUUUUCCGAGCUCCGCAAAUGCUAUCGUUAGUAAACUACUGAUAAAUUCGAAUUUUUGGAAAACGAACGAUGAUUCUGGGUAUGAUAUUCUUCCACAAUCGUUACUGCCCUCGGGUGGUUCAGAAGAGGCCCGAUCUACGCGAAGGCCGUCUCAUAGUGGCCGUCAUACUUUGCACAGCUAUCUGCGUGCACUGCAACUCGGUGCACCCAACGAACUGCAAUCAGACGAAUGCUUAUCAGAGCUACUCGUAAAUGAGUCGGAAAAUGAGUUCGACACGGCUGUACCAGAUGGCGAAUUGCUGCAUCCCAAGCCGUUGCUGUUGAGUCGCGAAUGUAGCAAUGCAAUGUCCCUUCGCAGGAAAUCCUAUGGUUAUCAUCUCACGCACAAACUACUUUUCUACCUGAUCCUUGGCAAGCAACAGUUCAGCAAUAUCCAACAGGAGUUCUUCACGACCGCUAAGGACAAGCUCUGCGAACAGAUUCUACGCGAGUCACAACUGAUCGCGGAUUUGGCAUAUCCGGAGAUCUUCCGAGAUUUGUUCAUGGAGCAGGUGUUCCUUUGCGCUUACGUGGGAUAUGCCGAGUUUAGGAAUCAAUCGUGGCUCAGCGAAAUCGUGAGCUGGCAAAACGAUGCCGGAUGUUUCAAGUACCGUCAGGAUGCGGAUCGAGAGGGUGCCAAUGCGCUUACAACGGAAUGUUCGACCCACAUGACAGGUGUGGGAGCAGCGGUGCUGGGGUUGUUUGCUAGGUUGCAGUUGAUAGGAUAAGCUUGGAUUUUGAUAUUGUGUGCCAAAUCAUGGUUAUAGAUUAUGCAGUAAAUAUGUAUGUGCAGAUGUUGAAUAAAGCUGCUUCCAUUAUUAU